AUGUCUAGAAAUAUGAUAACAGUACCAAGUGAAACUCCGAGGAAAAGUUAUCUAUACCUUAAAGAGAAAAUAUCUUCAAACAAAAAAGCAACAAUUGUAAUAAGUGGUGGUGGUUGUUUCAUAGUUGUAUGUCUAAUAGUGGUGGUGGUGACUUUUGUAACAUGUAACUCUGCUGUGACAGCAGAGAAAGAGGGUUUGUUUGUCAUACCUUCAGGAAAUAUAAAGUUUAAUCCUAAUCAGAAGAGCACGUAUGAAGAGGAAAUAUCUUCUCUAAAUCAAUUUUUUAUAGACUACUACAACAAUGCUACCAAAGCUGAUGAUACACAGGUGAUUAAAUGUCCCCCAGGAGUUGAACCAAAUGCUACACAAGUCUGUAUUUUGCCAGAGAAAAUACUGGGACAUGAAUGUAAUCCAGAAAAUGUUUGGAACUACAACACAACAUCUCCUUGCAUCAUAUUGUCUUACAAUGGGAAAACAAAUAGAACAACUAAAUUUGAUCCUUACGAUGACAUUAAUGAAUUACCCAACCAGAUGCCCAAACUAAUUAAAGACAAAAUUAAACAAAUCUACUUCGAAGAAAAUAAUACCAUGCAAGAGGUUAUAUGGGUGUCUUGCACAUUCAUUGGAAUUCACUCCUACUACGGUCCUGGUUUCCCCAAAUCCUUCUUCUCCAAUACAAACCUACCAGGCUAUAGGAAACCUAUAGUUGCAUUGCAGCUGAUUCUUAAAGAUGAAAUUAACACCACAGUUGAAAUUACUUGCAAUAUGUGGGCCAAGGGUAUUGACAACGGGAAAACCUCUGAAACUUCAGUCAAAUUCACUGUAACCGUGGAAAAAAAUUGA